GAGGCAGUAUAGGGAGUCAUGCGAGUCGAUCAGCGGUAGUCAGUUAAAUUCUCGCGCAUGCCACGCGUUUAACGGUGUUAUAAAUUUUCACAAGUGGUCAUGUCCGUGACACUUUUGCCCGCGCUUUCAUAGUUAGGUUUGUAAAUUAAACAACGCUAUGUAUUUAAAUACAUGUAUAUCAAAAUAAUAAUCGAAUUAGUUAUAAAAAAAUCGAAACAUUAAAAUUAUUUGAUAAAAAUUGAUAGCAGAUUUGUUGCAUUUUAUCCUGCUAUAUGGUGUUUAUUGGUCUAUGUUUAAUUGAAAGCUUAUGAUUGAAAAUUAAUAUUCUCCGGCUAUUUCAUCAAUUCGUGCAAGAUAUUUAACAAUGGAAAUAUUAAUGCACGAGAUGAGUAAUGGCCAGGAGACAAGCACAGUUGAUACGAAGAUUUACACCAUAAAUAAACAAUCAACAAAAAAAAUAGAAAAUACACAAAUCAAAGAUGAAGAACGACUCAUGAAAACCGAUUUGAUGGAUACCAUUGAUAUUGUCUUCGAAAACAUCACAUAUACAGUGUCACUCGGUUGCAGGAAAGGUCAAAAGGAGAUAUUACACGGAAUCAAUGGAAGACUUCCAGCAAAACAUUUAAUUGCCUUAAUGGGUCCGUCCGGAGCGGGAAAAUCGACCUUGCUGAAUAUCCUGUCGGGGUUCAGGACGACUGGUGUUGAUGGAAAUAUCAACAUCAAUGGUCACGCCCGAGAAAUAAAUUCUUUUCGAAAAUGUAGCGCAUAUAUCACGCAAGAUGACCGUUUGGAAGCUCUCUUGACGGUCAACGAGAAUAUGACAGUCGCAGCUGACCUCAAGCUGCCCACGAGCACCCCCAGAUAUGAAAAGGAAGCGAUAAUUGAAGAAAUUCUCACUAUCUUAGGCUUACGCGAGCAUAUGAAUACUCAAACUGGUAGAUUAAGUGGAGGACAAAAAAAAAGACUGUCUAUUGCUUUGGAAUUAGUUAAUAAUCCGACCGUUAUGUUCCUUGAUGAACCGACAACAGGUUUGGAUAGUUUAUCAUGCACACAAGUGAUAAAUUUAUUAAAAUUACUUGCACGGCAAGGAAGAACAAUUAUCUGCACAAUUCAUCAGCCUAGCGCGACGAUUUUUCAAUUGUUUGAUUUAGUUUAUAUAUUAUCAAAAGGAGAAUGUUUAUUUCAUGGUUCAACCGACCAUUUAGUUUCCUAUUUAGAAAACAUCAAAUUGCCAUGUCCUGUGUAUUAUAAUCCAGCUGAUUAUGUAAUUGAAUUGGCUUGCGGUGAAUAUGGAGAAGAUAAAAUAUCGUUAUUAGUAUCAGCCGCGGAAAAUGGCAAGAAUUUACAAUGGUUCAAAAAUUCUAAUACUUUGUUAGAAUCGAAUGGUCUAAAAACACUACAUUCACAUAAGAAUUUAAAUAUAAAUAAUAGAAAUAGUCUUCAAGCAACUCCUGUAAUACAUCAAAUCAAAAUUUUGAUGAAAAGAGGUUUUUUGAUGUGUAAAAGAGAUACUACAUUAACACAUUUACGAAUCUUAGCCAAUAUAGCCGUUGGCUUAAUGCUUGGCCUAGUAUUUCUCGAAUCGGGUACAGACGGUGCUAGAGUAUUAAGUAAUUAUAAUCUUCUGUUCUCCAUUCUCAUACAUCAUAUGAUGACCACAAUGAUGCUUACCGUAGUUACUUUUCCCAUGCAAAUGAACAUUUUAUUAAAGGAACAUUUCAAUAGAUGGUACAGUUUGAAGGCAUUUUACACCGCUUUAUCAUUGGUCGACUUACCACUUUCGAUAUUCUGCUGCUUAAUUUUUACUUUGCUUGUAUAUUUUAUUACAUCUCAACCAUUAGAAAUGUCACGAUUUCUAAUGUUUUUUUCGAUUAGUUUACUAGUAGUUUUAAUAUCUCAGGGAUUUGGUCUUAUGAUUGGAGCAAUAUGUAAUGUAAUUAAUGGAACUUUCGCAGGACCAACUUUAUCUGUGCCAAUGAUGAUGUUUGCAGGUUUCGGUGUAUCAUUACGUGAUAUACCAAUUUAUCUUAAAUGGGGUACAUAUAUCAGUUUCUUACGAUAUAGUUUAGAAGGAUAUAUCAAUGCCAUAUAUGGACUUGAUCGACCAGUGUUACCUUGUAAAGAAAAAGUUAUAUAUUGCCAUUAUAAAUAUCCAACAAAGUUUCUUUCUGAUAUUGCUAUGGAAGGUGAUCAAUUUUGGAAUGAUAUCGUAGCGCUUUUCAUAAUACUUAUCAUAACACGGUGUUCUGCAUAUUUAUUUCUUAAAUGGAAAAUUAUAUCUAUUCGAUAAACCGAUCAAAACUCGUGACUUGACGUUCCUUCAAAACUCGUUCUAACGUGAUUUCUUGUAUGAUAAUUUAACUAUGGAUGUUAUAUAAAGUGAAAAUGAAAAAUGUAUAUAUCUAUUUAUAUCACUUAGUUUUGCUAUUAUAUCUAUUACAGGGUUCGUUUUAUAAUAAAAUAAGAUACUAUAUGAUAAAAUUUUUAAGAAAUUGAUAAUUUCUUACAAAUUUUCGAAAAAAAUAAAUAUAUUGCGCUCUUCUGAUUUUAUCGAAGACAAAUAUUAUUUUAUUAAAUUGAAUAUUUGAAUAUAUAUAUAGAUUUGCUAUAUAUUAUUUGAUUUAUGAUUCUGAAUUCGCAAUAUAUUUGAAACAAAAAUUCACGAAUUAUUUUUUAAUUAAUAAUUGAUAGUAAUUUUAAUUAUAAUAAAUUUUAUAUUGAAUAUUGAAUACUUUUUAUUUUAAAAUUAAUAUGCAAAAUUAUUAUUUACGCUUUGAUCAAACAUAAUAUUUGUAAUAAUAGUGCAAUAAUGUUUUGAUAAAAUAAAUGAUUUCGUAGUUAGAUCUUUUCUUUUAUAAAUGAAAAACAAUUAUUAUAUUAUUAUAUUAUUAUUAUAUUAUUAUAUUAUAUAUUAAUAUAUAUUUAUAUAUUUUAUAAUUAUGUAUAUAAAUAUAAUAUAUUUAUGAUAUUUUCCGAAAUAUUCGGAAAUUAGACGUGAUAUUUAAAAAUUGCUCAAUAGAAGUCAAUUAUCAAUGCAAUUAUUUUUUUAUUGCAAAUUUAUAAAAAAUUAAAAAAUGAUUCUCAAUUAUAUAUUAAACAUAUUUCUAUAUGCCAUUAUAUGUGCUUAUUUUUUUAUGACAUAAUUUAUGAUAUCAUAAAUGCUGUAAUUUUCAUACUUGUAAUCGUCACUUAUGCGUAUAUGUAUAUUUAAAGUAUUUUUAUAUAAUCUUUUAUAUAUAUUAUAUAUCUAAUAUAUUUAUAUUUGGGAUCAAAAAUGUAGUUAAUUAAUUAUUAUGUUUAAUAAUUUAAUAUCGCAAAAUUUUUUAUUUUUUAAACUAUAAUACAAAUAUAUAUUUAUAGAACUUAUAUUUAUAUAUAUUUAUAUAAUUUUACAAUUUCGAUAAUUGAAAAAAAUAUUUUUGAAAAUAUGAAACUUAUAAUAAUUGUUAUAAAUUAUAAAUUUUUUAUUGACUAUAAAUUAGAUUUGCUUCUAGCAAAGAUUAUUCCACUUAUUUAUGUAAAAUUAAAACUUAUUAAGACUCAUAAAUUUUGCAUAAUUAUUAAUGAAUAUAAAUAUUUAGCACUUAGAAAUAUUGCUUAUACAAGAAAAUAUUCUCUUUUCUUAUCUAUUUAUAUAAGAUUUGAUAAACGUUAUCGUAACAUGUGUAGUCUUUCAAGAGAAACUGUUCAGUUUAAUAUUAAUUUUCUUCUAAUAAUAAAUCGAAUAAUUAUAAUUUUAUCAAUAUUUUGAAAUUUGAAAAAUUUAAAUAAUAAAACUCAUAUGAAAAGGAAGAUCUCAUUGUAUAAAUAUCUAUAAUGAGUUUCUAAUCAAAAUAUGAUACAUCUAUUUUUUUAAUUGAAAUAAUCACGUAUAUAAUUGGAUCAUAUCAAAUAGAUAAAAAAAUAGUGAAUAAACAAAAUUGAAUUAUAUAGUUACAUAUUAAUAUCUAGUCAUUAUUCUCUAUGAAUAUUAAAAUCUUAAUAUUUUAUUAUAUAAAUUUCAUAAUAUAAAGAAGAAUAAAUAUAAAGUAUAUAAAGAAAAUACAAAUAAUAUAUAUUUCUAGAGCAAAAUAAAAUAUAUAAAUAGAUAAAUAGAUAAUCAUUUAUAAAUUCUUGUUUCUAUCUUAUCUUUUCUCUAUCUCUAUAUAAACAAAUAUUUUUUAUUACAAAAUGAAAACAUAUAUAUUUUAUUAUAUUUCAUAUUAUUUCUUUUUUUUUAAUCCUUUAUAUAUUUGAAAAUUUAUCAAUGUAACAAUAUUAAAAUAGGAAUAUAUAAAAAUAUUAAUAUUAAUAAGCCUUUUUUAAUAAAAAUAUUAUAACAAUAAAAAAGUAAACUACUACAUACUAAGUACAUCAUUAUUUAGCUUUAUGUGUUUUCCAUUUAAGUACUAAAUAUGUCAUAAUUUGUAAACAUAAUAUCCAAAGACAUAAACCUAAUAUAAUUGUAUAAUAAGAAAUUGUAGGCAUAUCCAUUUCUUCCAAAAUUUUUUUAGGCGAACGUAAAUGACAAUAGAUCUCAUAACAUCGCAAUUUUUCUCUAUUUCCAUCAUAAAUUGCUUGCAGAAUACCUUCAAAUGCAUAUCUA